AUGGCAGCUGUGCAGGCUCAUGACGGCGAGGUCGCGCUGCGUACGGCGAGCGGCGAGGUCCUCAAGCCGGCCGCGCUGGGCAUCACGGAGCCCCACGCCAAGGAGAAGCUCAACGACUUCGUUGAGGUCCACGGAAUGACGAAAACGGGCCCUGUGGAGCCCUCCGCCCACUUCACGCAGCGACUCGUCCGCGCCGUCGAGCGGGUGUGGUCCGCGUGGGAGGCGCAGGGCCACGAGGGCCGGCCCGAGGGCGCUUCGCCGGAGGAACGGUGGGAUGCGUGCAUCACGGCGCUCGCUGUGAUCCAGGAGGAGGAGGACGAGGUGGCGAAGAUGGACGAGGGCAUCAGCGCGAGCCUCGCGGCGGCGGAGGCGCAGGCGGCGGCGGCGCCCAAGGUCCAUGAAAGCGGCGACGCCGAGGUCCUCCGCAAGUUCCGCAACUCCACGAUCCUCGGCAUCAUCCUCGACGCGUGGCGGACGCACGCGCCCGACCCUGCUCCUCCUGCCGGCAGUCCCCCCCCGAAGCAGCAGGCCACUACCCCCCCCGCCAAAAGCACCCCCAGGCGCUCCUCCCGCGCCACGGCCGAGGCCGCGCGCGACCAGGCCGGCGAAGCGCCGUCGCCGGCGCCCGCCGCGCGCGCCCCCACAGCGCUGCCCGAGCAGGGGCACUGCCUGCGGAAGCCACUGCUUGACUGGCUGCAGCUGGAGCAGAGCUGCGGGCGAUGGUACGGCGUCGAGGUGACGCAGCCUGUGGUGAUCGAGCGCGUGAAGCGGACGAUCGACGGCGCGGCGGAGGCGGUCGCAGAUAGGAAAAAGCGACGGCGGUCGUCAGGGGGGGGUUGUGCGGAUGCGGAGCGGGCGCUGGCGGACGCGUUGGCGAAGGAGUACGAGGUGAUGUACGGGGAGGCGCUGGAGCUGCCGGAGGUGGCCGGGGCGGUGCCGAACGUGUUUCGAGCGUCGUUUGUGGCGCACGAGAGUCAGGAAGAAGUGUGCGCGCUGCGGACGGGCGGAGGCGCCGCGAACGGCUCGGAUGACGUGAUCGUCAUCGACUGA